AUGGCAGCUUCCGAGCCACAAGCGGAAAAACAGGAGGCGAACAGCGAGUGGACAAGCGCAUACCCUCCGCUUGGUUUGGGCGAUUUCUACAGCCCGACAACUCCGGCGGUGCAGCUUUCCACCGUGCUAAUUUGCUUGGCACUGCGGCUGUUGUUCCCCGCCUCUUACUUGGUCACUGCGGCACUGCUGAAGCUGAAGUUGCUCCAGCCCACGCCUGGAAGUGAGGACUUGGCAAUUGUGGCGCAAACUAAGGUAUUUUUCAAAUCCUACGCGGCCUUGUUGGGCGUGGCAGUGCCUUUCAUGAUGGCAUGCAACAUAGGCGGCUACUACGCCUUCACCAGUUAUCGCCACACUGGGCCUCCCUGUGCGGUGUGGUUUCCCUGGCUGGCUUCCUGUUUGUCGAUUCCUGCGAAUGUUGCCUCCAUAGCAACUCUCUCCAAGGACUUCAAUGGUGCUAUGCACCGAAAGUUCAUGCGAAUCCUUGUGCUUAUUGCCCGGGAAUGUGGAGAGUCCGACGAAACAAUUCGCCAGCUGGAGAAAACAACGCAACGCAGCUCCUUGGAGAACAUCUCUGCGGGUCGAUACGUUGCCCGCAAACGCAAGAUUAUCUUGACUAGCAAGGUGAAGCACUCAAGUUAUGCAGAGCUCUACAAAGAACUCAGUUCACUAGAGACUAUAGAAGACUUGCAAAUCGAGUUGCCCUCGGGUGAUGACGUCUCCAGUGGGAAGGUGUUGAUUCGCAGCAUCAAGGGCGUGAUUCGGUCUUGGCCGUCAUCCGAUCGCUUCUUGAACCAGCAGCAGAGGGUUCACAACUUGUCCAACGUCAUGCUCUGCAUGAAGAGUGAGAAGGUGCCCACGGCAGAGCCCCUGCUUCUGCCAAGCUAUUUCCACAGCUUAGAAGGUCCCAUGGCCGCCACAGACUUUGCAAACCAGAUGUGCAUUUCACCGCCAAACCGUCUAUCGCUGCUUGAAAAAGUGUUGAUUGGUCUGCCGUUUUCUAUCUCAUGCGGCCUUUUCCUAUUCUUUUCAGUGGGGGCAUGUGGGCUGGCGUGGCGUCUUUUUUCCUGGGUUGAUGGACGCCAAAAGAAGCUAAUGUUCGGAGUGUUUGUGGCGUGGGGCCUCGUCGAUGGCGUACUCAGCUGCAUGGCCCAGCUUCUUCUAUGGGUCUCAGCUUUGACAAAGCGAUUGGCACAGCUUAAAGCCUUUAAUGCGAUGCUUUGUGGUGCCCAUGUGGCUUCUCAACAGUUUCUUCCAGUGAUGCGUGUGAACGUUCCGUCAGAUUUGCUGGUUUGGGCAGAGGUGCAAGAGUUGUGCCUUGCACGCCACGCUACAAGGCAACUCAGGAUGGAUAUGGAAGCUCUUGCAGCAACCGUUCUAGCGCUCUCAAUGGCUACUUGCACCCUUUGCUUCGCACUGGAAGAGAACUGGCAGCCUGGUCUCUUGUCCCUGAUUGCGCUGUAUUCAUUGCUCAUGUACAUCGCUGCUGCCGUGCCUUUCUUUGUGGCUGGUGUCCUGGUCAAUAUGGAGCGGGCCAGAACAUUGACGGUGCUUUCUCAGUUCGGCCUGCAGGCCCAGAUUGCCUUGGAGCAGCCUGGCCUGACGGAUGAGGUGCAACGGCAGCAGAUUCAGAAGACGGUGUCGAUGGCGAGCCAGCUAAUCCAGCAGAUCAGAUCCGACUCGUCACAGGAUAUAAACAUCUUGGGCAUCAGGUUGACGGCGGCUACGGCAUCGGCCAUGGCUUCAGCCAUGAGUACUGUAGUGGCAAUCAGCAUGCGCAGCUUGCCUUUGACGGAGAUCUGGGGCAAAAUCCAGAGCAGCUAUGCUAGCAGCCAUAUCUGGAGAAUGUGA